AUGAUACACAGUUUGUUUAUCGUUAACAGCAGCGGCGAUGUAUUUCUCGAAAAACACUGGCGCAGUGUAGUGUCGCGGACUUGCGUGUCAUACUUUCUCGACGUGCAACGAUUAUCGGCCAACAAUGUGCCGCCAGUCCUUUCGACGCCCCAUCACUAUCUCGUGUCCAUCCAGCGCAAUGGAAUCUCGCUCGUGGCCGCCUGCAAGCAGGAGUUUCCACCGCUGUUCGUGAUCGAGUUUCUGCACCGCGUGGUGGACACAUUCGAGGAUUACUUUACGGAGUGUAACGAAAACGUGAUCAAGGAAAACUAUGUCAUCGUGUACGAGCUGCUCGACGAAAUGCUGGACAAUGGCUUUCCACUAGCAACCGAGUGUAACGUCUUGAAGGAAUUGAUCAAACCGCCCAACAUACUCCGCACGAUCGCCAAUUCUGUGACCGGGAAGUCCAACAUUAGCGGCACAUUGCCCUCGGGUCAGCUAUCGGCCAUCCCGUGGCGGCGAACGGGCGUCAAGUACACCAACAACGAGGCCUACUUUGAUGUCGUCGAGGAAGUGGACGCUAUUAUCGACAAAAAUGGGCAGACGAUUUUUGCCGAAAUUCAAGGAUACAUCGAUUGCUGUAUUAAGCUGAGCGGCAUGCCGGACUUGUCGUUGUCGUUCAUGAACCCGCGUCUGUUCGACGACGUGUCUUUCCACCCGUGUGUGCGCUUCAAGCGCUGGGAAUCGGAACGGAUCCUCUCGUUCAUUCCUCCCGAUGGCAACUUCCGGCUGAUGUCGUACCACGUUGGCUCGCAAAAUAUCGUCGCCAUUCCGAUCUACGUUCGUCACAAUCUGGUGUUAAAAUCGGGCGAACAGUCCCGGCUGGACAUUACGGUUGGACCGAAAACGACCAUGGGACGAACACUGGAAGCCGUAAAACUAGACAUCUGUAUGCCAAAGGCGGUCACAAACUGUUCGCUGGUGGUGAACCAAGGAAAGUACACGUACGAUACCGUCAACAAGGUGCUUCACUGGGACAUUGGACGGAUUGACGCCACCAAGCUGCCCAACAUUCGUGGAACGGUAAGCAGACCGCGACUGACGUUGGUCGAUUCCCUAAUAGUGCACUUUACAAUCUCACAGAUGGCCGUAUCGGGGCUGAAAGUGAACCGGCUCGACAUGUACGGCGAAAAGUACAAACCGUUCAAGGGCGUAAAGUACGUCACGAAGGCGGGCAAGUUCCAGAUCCGCAUGUGAACUCGCCGCCGCCGCCGCCAUCGGGCGGUUCGGAACGCAAACCCAUUUAUUACGAA